AUGGUUCGCAACAUUCACAUUGCGGUUCUCGAUGUCGAUAUUCCAGCACGCGGCUUGUACGAGGCACGCGGGCUUUGCAGUGCCCAUUUCCGCGAUAUCCUUAAAGAGACAGCUGCCAACUUGAACAAAACCAGCCCAGCCAUCAAUGAUCCGAUCGAUAUUACCAUCACCCCAUAUGAUAUCCGUGGAGGACACUACCCGGACUUCCACUUGCUUCGCGGCGAUGCAUCUCAACAACAAUUCCCAGUAUACAAACCCAUCGACGCAGUCCUGAUCACCGGCGGCUCGCCAGGAGUUUAUGAAAUGCCCGAGUCUCCCUGGAUGCAGAUCCUGGAGAAAUUCAUCAAGACCGUUUACAAUGACUAUCCAGAGGUCCGGCUCAUGGGUACCUGCUUCGGUCACCAACUGAUCUCUCACUCUUUGGUCCGCGUUCCCAACGACCCCGUUCGAGACGUCUAUGUCGAGAAGUGCCCUCUUGGUCGUGAAGUGGGAAUUUAUACCGUCCAACUGGAGAAUCAAUUUAUUAAACACUUUCCAUCCGCGCUGGGCCACCUUCCGGACGGCCAACUUCGCAUUCAAAUGUUCCACGGUGACCGUGUGAUGGCCGUGGAAAAGGGACAGACUGUGACUCUCUCCGACACGCCGCCGGUCUCCCUCCCUGCUCCAUGGCUUAAUAUUGGAAGCACGCCCAUUUGCCCUAUCCAGGGACUAUACAAGCCAGGCAGAGUCCUGACUGUGCAGGGACAUUAUGAGAUGGAUGCGUUUGCGACGUCCAAGAUGUGUAUUGAGAACGCACCCAUCAUGGGAUGGAAGGAGUCCAAGUUGGCAUUGUUCCUGGAGCAAGUUGGACCUGACACUAAGGAGAGACGCGAUGAUGCCAAGGCAUUUGCGACUGCGGUGGUCUCCUUUUUAGCUGAUCUGGAGCAAUGA